CUCUCUCUCUCUCUCUCUCACAAAAUAUCUACCAACACACACACAAUAUCACUCCAUUGAGACAAAAGAAUCUGUCAAAAAACAAUAACAGUGGAGAGAUUUCCUCUUCUUCUUCCUCAUCCUUCAACAGCUAAACCAAUCAAUCCCCCCAAAAAGUAAGAAUUACAGAAAACAAACAUGAACCCAUUACUGUUUUAGCUCCUCUCUCCAGCUCUCAAUUUCUAUCUCUCUCUCCCAACCCUAAAAAAUUGCUCUUACCAUCAUAUCCAGAACGAAAGCAUCAUGAGCAGCCUUGAAGAGUCUCUAAGAUCUCUGUCCCUAGACUACCUAAAUCUGCUCAUCAAUGGCCAAGCCUUCAGUGACGUCACCUUCAGCGUGGAGGGUCGUCUAGUCCAUGCCCACAGGUGCAUCCUAGCUGCCCGGAGCCUCUUCUUCCGCAAAUUCUUUUGUGGGCCGGACCCGCCUUCGGGGCUCGACCCGAUAUCCGGGUCGAGGAUGAGCCCUGGUGGCACGUCGUCCUCGUUGCACCGCGGGGGCAAUUCUCAGCAGCAGCAGCAGGUGAUACCGGUGAACUCGGUGGGGUACGAGGUGUUCUUGUUGCUGUUGCAGUUCUUGUACAGUGGACAAGUCUCGAUAGUGCCUCAGAAACAUGAGCCAAGGCCUAAUUGUGGAGAGAGAGGGUGCUGGCACACGCAUUGCACCUCCGCCGUUGAUCUUGCUCUUGACACUCUUGCUGCCGCUAGAUCCUUUGGUGUUGAACAACUUGCAUUGCUCACUCAGAAGCAAUUGGCAAGCAUGGUGGAAAAGGCCUCAAUUGAUGAUGUGAUGAAAGUCCUCUUAGCUUCAAGAAAACAAGACAUGCAUCAACUCUGGACAACUUGCUCUCACCUUGUUGCCAAAUCGGGCCUCCCACCGGAAGUCCUGGCCAAGCACCUCCCGAUCGAUGUCGUGGCCAAAAUCGAAGAGCUUCGUCUCAAAUCCUCCCUCGCCCGCCGCUCAAUGAUGCCUCAUCACCACCACCACCAUCACCACCACGACCUCGGGGCAGCAGCCGAUCUCGAAGACCAGAAAAUCCGCAGGAUGAGGCGGGCAUUGGACUCAUCGGAUGUCGAACUCGUCAAGCUCAUGGUAAUGGGCGAAGGCCUAAAUCUCGACGAGGCAUUGGCAUUACACUAUGCGGUCGAAAAUUGUAGCCGAGAGGUGGUCAAAGCAUUACUAGAACUUGGAGCAGCAGAUGUUAACUACCCGGCAGGGCCAGCUGGCAAAACCCCACUUCACAUUGCAUCCGAAAUGGUGUCGCCUGACAUGGUGGCCGUCCUGCUCGACCACCACGCCGACCCAAAUGUCCGGACCGUCGACGGGGUUACUCCCCUCGACGUACUAAGAACCCUAACUUCAGAUUUUCUCUUCAAAGGGGCUGUUCCGGGACUUACCCACAUUGAACCAAACAAGCUCAGGCUCUGCCUGGAGCUUGUUCAAUCGGCUGCUCUUGUUCUUUCCCGCGAAGAAGGCAACAACAAUGCAAACAACGCUCCCAAUUCUUCUAAUUCGACCGCGAUUUACCCGCCUAUCAACGACGAUCACCAUAGUAGCGGCAGCAACAGCGGCAACAUUGGCAACCUAAACUUGGAUUCUAGAUUGGUGUAUCUCAAUCUUGGAGCAACUCAAAUGGGGUCUAGAAAUAUGGACGGUCAUGAUCAUCAAGAUCAUGAUCAUCAUGGGAGCCAUAGUAGCCAUAGGGCACAAGGUGGCUGUGACCCAGCAACAAUGUACCACCACUCUCAUGACUACUAGCUAUUUUAUUAUAUUAUUUUGCUAAGAAUCUUCACGAUCAGUUAUAAUAUUAUUAUUUAUAUAUCUUCUUUUUUCUAAAGAGAUGCAUUCACUUGGAUGGUCAUGAAGCAGAAAAAAAGAUCAUAAAAAAUUUCAUGAAAUCUUGUAUCUAUGGAGAUUACUGGAUCAUCUGUUUUUGUUUCUUUGUUUUUUCUCUGCUUCUCUGUGGUUGCUUCUGAUCUUUUCUUGUAGGCUUUCGUCGAUCGUUCGUCGUAUGAAAUUGGAGCUAUGGGGUUGAAUGUUGAUGACACAAAUGGAGAAGGUGAGAUUUUUGCUAAUGCAUGAUGGAUCGAUGGAGAUUGGAGGGAGACUGGGGAGAGACGCAGGUCAAUCUUUUCAACCCCUUGGCCUGUCAUCUCCUUUGUAUUUAUUGAUCUAUCUAAUUUCAUCGCGUAUUUAUUAUGGUCCUCAUAUUUUCUUGUCCCCCACCCACCUCUCAU